GCGCGAUUCUGUUUCCUGUUACAGUUUGAGUCCCUCCCCAAAAUCCCGGGCCAUCUUGUGCUUAGCCGAAACAAAACGGGGACAGAACCGGUCUAGACUUUGAGGAUGGGGUGCUGCUUUUAGGGACGAGUUUGGGGGCGGCUUUUCGGUUCUGCACCGGGACAUUAUGACUUGUGGUCCCGCCCCGCGGAUAAACUCCCGCCCCACCCCGCUCACCGGCUAACCUUAGCUCCACCGUUAGGCUAAGCUAGCCGAUUAGCUCCGGCUGGUCACCCAGAAAGAGCGGAGAGGCUGAGGCGACAGACCGAGCGCCACAUCUCGGAGGGCUCCGCGGGGGGAAUGCAUCGGCAUUGACGGCCAACGCGCGCUAUGAGGAGCGCCGCUCGCCGCUAGCUCUGCCGCUAUAACGCCUGUUUUUCGUCCCAGAGCGGAGCCUCGAUCAGCCGCGGAGCUGGCCAUGCCCUCCAAUGCACGGACGGGCAAUCAGAAGGACCCAGACGCGGCGGAGCUGUUCUGCAAGGAUGAUCCGGAGAAGCUGUUCGCCGACCUCCGGGAGAUCGGCCACGGCAGCUUCGGAGCCGUCUACUUUGCCCGUGAUGUGCGGAACAACGAGGUGGUGGCCAUCAAGAAGAUGUCCUACAGCGGCAAGCAGACCAACGAGAAAUGGCAGGACAUCAUCAAGGAGGUGAAGUUCCUGCAGAAACUCCGUCACCCCAACACCAUCGAGUACCGGGGCUGUUACCUGAAGGAGCACACCGCAUGGCUGGUGAUGGAGUACUGUCUGGGUUCAGCCUCCGACCUCCUGGAAGUCCACAAGAAGCCCCUCCAGGAGGUUGAAAUAGCUGCCAUUACCCAUGGUGCACUGCAGGGAUUAGCAUAUCUGCACUCUCACAACAUGAUUCACAGGGAUGUCAAAGCAGGCAACAUCCUGCUGACUGAGCCGGGUCAGGUCAAACUGGGGGACUUUGGCUCCGCCUCCAUUGUGGCGCCGGCCAACUCCUUUGUGGGGACGCCGUACUGGAUGGCUCCGGAGGUGAUUCUGGCCAUGGACGAGGGUCAGUACGACGGGAAGGUGGACGUCUGGUCUCUGGGCAUCACCUGCAUCGAGCUGGCGGAGAGGAAGCCCCCCCUGUUCAACAUGAAUGCUAUGAGUGCCUUAUACCACAUAGCGCAGAAUGAAAGCCCCAUCCUGCAGUCCAACCACUGGUCCGACUCCUUCCGUAACUUUGUUGAUUCCUGCCUUCAGAAGAUUCCCCAGGACCGGCCUACCUCGGACGUGCUGCUGAACCAUCGUUUCCUGUGCCGCGAGCGUCCGCUCACCGUGGUCAUGGACUUGAUCGCGCGGACUAAGGAUGCCGUCAGGGAGCUGGACAACCUGCAGUACCGCAAGAUGAAGAAGAUCCUCUUCCAGGAGACCCAGCAGAACGGCCCCGUGUCUGAGGGGGGGGAGGAGGAGGAGGACGUGGAUCAGUACCUGCAGCAGAUGGGGACCGUCAACAGCAUGGAGAGCUCCCAGUCCGUCCCCAGCAUGUCCAUCUCCGCCAGCUCCCAGAGCAGCUCCGUCAACAGCCUGGCCGACGCCUCCGACGACAGCAGCGGCGAGAUGGCCAUGAUGCAGGAGGGCGAGCACACCGUCACCUCCAACAGCUCCAUCAUCCACCGACCCCCAGGCCAGGACAACAUCUAUGACGACCCCUACCAGCCAGAGAUGGAGCAGCCGCAGGCGCCCUCUGCUGGACGCCGCCGGGCUUACUAUCGCAACAGAGACCACUUCGCCACGAUUCGCACCGCCUCGCUGGUGACCCGUCAAAUCCAGGAGCACGAGCAGGGCUCGGCGCUGCGGGAGCAGAUGUCCGGAUACAAGCGGAUGAGACGGCAGCACCAGAAGCAGCUGAUGGGCCUGGAGAACAAGCUGAAGGCGGAGAUGGACGAGCAUCAGCUGAAGCUGGACAAGGAGCUGGAGAACCAGAGGAACAGUUUCUCCACAGAAGCAGACAAGCUGGUGAAGAAGCACCAGGCCAUCCUGGAGAAAGAGACCAAAGCAGCUUUGGCAGAGGAGAAGAAGUUCCAGCAGCAUAUCCUGGGUCAGCAGAAGAAGGAGCUGACCGGCUUACUGGACUCCCAGAAACGGCAGUAUCGUCAGCGCAAGGAGCAGCUGAAAGAGGAGCUGAGCGAGAACCAGCUGACGCCGAAGCGGGAGAAGCAGGAGUGGCUGGUCCGCCAGAAGGAGUGUCUGCAGCAGAUGCAGGCGGAGGAGGAGGCCAGCCUGCUGAGGAGGCAGAGGCAGUACUACGAGCUGCAGUGUCGGCAGUACAGGAGGAAGAUGCUGCUGGCCCACCACAACCUGGAGCAGGACCUGCUGCGGGAGGAGCUGAACAAGAAGCAGACCCAGAAGGACCUGGAGUGCGCCAUGCUGCUGCGGCACCACGAGUCCACUCAGGAGCUGGAGUUCAGGCAGCUCAGCCUGGUGCAGCGGACCCGGGCCGAGCUGAUCCGAACGCAGCACCAGACCGAGCUCACCAACCAGAAGGAGUACAACGAGCGCCGCAAGCAAGAGCUGCAGCAGAAACACGCCACCGAGGCCCGCCAGCAGCCCAAGAGCCUGAAGUCCAAAGAGCUGCAGAUCAAGCGUCAGUUCCAGGAGACGGGCAAGAUCCAGACCCGACAGUACAAAGCCCUGAAGAACCACCUGCUGGAGAGCACGCCCAAGUCUGAGCACAAGAACAUCCUGAAACGGCUGAAGGAGGAGCAGACGCGCAAGCUGGCCAUCCUGUCCGAGCAGUACAACCACUCCAUCAACGACAUGCUGUCCACGCAGGCCGUGACCAAGCUGCGGCUGAACGAGACGCAGGAGGCCGAGGAGCAGGUUCUGAACAUGCAGCUGCAGCAGGAGCUGGAGCUGCUCAACGCCUACCAGAGCAAGAUCAAGAUGCACACCGACACGCAGCACGAGCGCGAGAUCAAGGACCUGGAGCAGCGGGUGUCCAUCCGCCGGGCGCUGCUGGAGCAGAGGAUCGAGGAGGAGAUGCUGUCGCUGCAGAACGAGCGCUCCGAGCGGAUCCGGACGCUGCUGGAGCGCCAGGCUCACGAGAUCGAGGCCUUUGACUCGGAGAGCAUGCGUCUGGGCUUCAGCAACAUGGCGCUGACCGGCAUCCCCGCCGAGGCCUACAACCAGGGCUACCCCACCCCGAGCCCGGCCUCGGGCGCCGGCGGCUGGCCGUCGCGGCCAGUCCCGCGCUCCGGCAGCCACUGGACCCACAGCGUGCAGAACUCGGUGGCCACGCCCUCCUGGCGCAGUAAGAACGACGGCGGGGGGGGCUUCGGCCGCGCCGAGUCGGUGGCGUACUCUCAAGGCUACAGCAGGGACGAUGACGUGAACCGUAGAGGCCACGCCUCCUCCCACCACCACCACCACCACCACCAGCAGCAGCAGCAGCAGCACUACCUCCCCCAGCACUACCAGCACCACCAGAGCACCCCCCAACUGUACCGGGACGACCGCGACCCCCGGGAGCGCGGGCGGGACUGGGGGGGCAGCGCGGGCCACUACUCCCAUCACCCCCAGGGGCACCACCUCUCCUCCCACGGCUCCUCCCAGUCGCUGGCUCUCCUGCCCCCGCCUCCACCGCCGCCCCCCAUCUCCCUCUCGUCCUCCUCGCCCCCGUCCUCCGCCUCUUCGUCCUCAUCGUCUCAGGGAGGCUACGGCGGCCUGAGUGUCCGGGGCCCCGGCAUGAUGGCGCUCAGGAACAGCCCGCAGCCUCUCAGGAGGACCGCCUCCGGGGGGCCGGGGGGAGGGGCAGGAAGUGACGGCGGACUUAGCCGCAGCACUUCCGUCACCUCCCACAUCUCCAACAGCUCCCACCUCUCCUACUCGUGAAUCAUUCGGCGAGCCAAGGAUGAGGGAGGCGUGGCCACGGUUCAGGGAGGCGGGCUUUCGUUUCUAACUAUUUCAUUCUUUUUCCACAUUUUACAUUUUGGGUUUUAGGUUCUCGUCUCCUGAAGUGUGUCGGAAAGGGGCGGAGUCACAUUUGACUCAGAGUGCCGUGUCACAAAGCGAACGCGUGGAGCCGCCUCGUCUCUUCCACAAAACCCAGGCCGGCGUCCGCCUGUUGGUUUUGUGACGCGUAGACGGAGGCCCUGAGCUCGGCGCCGUGGGCGCGUCGGCAUUUCAGACAUUUUGUUCCGUUGCGUUGAGCGACGGUCGCAGAGCUUCCACUCCAGCGGUGGUGCUUUCAGAACCACUGUAACUGUAAAUACUCGUCAAGUCGACUCUGGUUUCCUGGUUUUUGUAGUGAUAAGUGAGAGUAGAAACACUGCCAUCUGCUGGCAGGGCUGACCCGUGUGCGCCACUGCCCCCUGCUGGGCGGAAGUCAAAGUCCAGCGUCUGGUUCCGUUUAGAACCGCUGCAGCUUUAAGCUCAGAGGCACUGAGGCAGGAAUCCUUUCUUCACUGAACAGACGCGGAUAUUUCAACUUUUUUUUUCAUCAAAGAUGAUUUUUCAUUCAGUUUUAUUCUCCGUUUGCGGCUUUAAAAGGCUUCACUAGGGAAGAGCAUCACGCCAUGAAGCUGCUACCGGCGGCUAAAAGAGGCGGAGGAGGAAGUCCCGGUUCAGUCGUGGAAACGCUGCAUCUGCUUUCUCCUCCCCUCCUGUGCUGAACCUCCAACCGAGGGGAAACCCAGCGGCACGCCGCUCCAUCGGCCCAGCGGUCUGUAGAGACGAGUCGGGUCCAGUGGGCGGAGCCGGUGUACAGGCAGCGCUUGUAUGAAUAAUCCUGCACUCUACCUAUUUAUAUAAAUGCAUAUAAAUGUAAGAUACCUGCGGGCGGAGCAGGUAUGAAGAUUGUUCCCUGUCCAACACUUUGACUGGCAUUGUACUUACCAGUGUACAUAGAAGCACUAACUAUCAGACUGUGUUAGAGUAAAAUGAUUCUUUUGUCCGUGAGUUCAGACGAAUAGACGCCAUCAUCAUUAUUUCUACUGCUGCAGUUGGAAUAUUUAUGUUGUAUUUUUACGUUUUUAAGAUGUUGAUGCCAAUUUUGACCACUAGGUGGGGAAGAAUCGCAAUGUUACUGUGAUCGUCUGUUUUUAAAAUAAUGUUUCUUUAGAGGACUACCUUUCCCAGCAUUCCCAGCGUGGUUUCGGGGGGGUGGGGGACCUCUUUUCUGGGCAGGGCUGCGUUGCAACAUCUUUUUUUCUCUGGAGCCAGUAUUAAAGCGCUGAGCAUUGGAGGCGGAGCUAAGCGUCGGACACGUUUUCACUUUUCCGUCAUGACAUUUGUGCCAUGUUUUGUUUUUUUGUGUUACUUUAGGAGUUCAGACGUCGGUUCUUUGGAGUCUUUAGGGUUACAGCAGAACAAAAGCCAGAAAUAAUCACAUGAACAAACUGUGUUUAAGGUUUAUACUGUUAUUAAAGAAGUUCUAGAAAAUUCUCCAUAACUUGUCUGUUAGUCUGAGAAAAAAACAAGUUUUAAAAACAUGAAGUGAGGAAAAGGAAAACUCUUGUGUGAUUCUAACUUUUGAGUCUGAGGAUAAUUAGAGUUUAAGCUCAACUUUGAUUAAGUUUAUUUGAUCACAUUUUAAAACUGUUUUACUCUCAGAUGAUUUAAAGUUUACAUCAAAAGAAUGAAGUGCAAUUUAUUUCAUUAGAAACAUUUCAAUUGUGAAAGCAAACCUAUUCGACUGAAGUCACUUUAAAACUUUAAUUUAAAAUAUUUAGCCGUCAUUUGAAAGUAAAGUUUGGCUGUAAAAAGGAUUUUUUAAUACAUUAGUUUUACAAAAUGUUCCAAAAUUCCUCCAUUUUUAAAGAGAAACCAGAAAAAAUAUCACAUUUUUACUGAAACAUAUUUAAGCCGUAAUUUUUAAUGCAGUUUAUUCAUCUGAUUAUUGUUGCCUCCUUUCCUGAGUUUGUCUGAUUAAAAAACUUAAUGUUCCUGCGGUUUGCUUUGCUGUCUGACUGGAAGCCAUCUGCACGUCUGCAGCAGUCUGUCUGCGGAUAUGUAGAAGGCUGUCUGCGCAUCUGCAGUUAUCUGACAGUGGAUAUACAGCAGUUUGUCUGCACAUCCACAGCUGAAUAUCUUUCUGUCCAUCCGCAGUAGUCAGUUUGGGCAUCUGCAGCUGUCUUUCUGCGCAUCCACACUCAUCUGUCUGCGCAUCUGCAGUAGUCUGUCUGCGCAUCUGCAGUAGUCUGCGCAUCCGCAGUAGUAUGUUUGCGCGUCUGCAGCUGUCUGUCUACCUCAUUUGCACUGAUGGUGAACGAAUGUUUGGUCAACUUUAGAAAUGAAGCUUUUUCGUGGUUUCUUUCUUUCUUUUCAAAUCGUGUGCAAAUGUGGGCGGGACGAGGACACCGGGGGGCAAAAGUUUGGGACUUGGGGAUGCUUCAAGAACAGAUUCGGUUCACGUUCUUUCGGGUUCCUUUUCUAAUGUUUGCUUGGAACCUGCUGGCCUUUGAAGGAAGACUUUGGUUCCUCUUUGUGAGAUUUCAUUUUGCCAACGUUUUAUGGUUCCUGCUGGUGGAAGCUGCACCGGGAGACGGAUGGGUUCUGCUCUGGAGCGGGUUCUGCUCUGAGGCGGGUUCUCAUGAAGCCAUCCAGCACUUUCUGCUACAGCUUCAUGAUUUUCACCCUUAAAUCUGGAUCAUAUCGGCUCAUUUGUUUCAAAGAACUCCAUUCAUAAAAGUUCCUAAAAUGAUUCCCAGAGACACUUGUUGUUUUGUAGAACUCACUAAAAUAUUUUUCUAUUUCAGAUUUUGGUUUAUUUUCUCCAGUGUUUUAUAGCUUCCAGAGGAGUCGAACAUUUCAGUUCUUUAACAUGUUCAGCAGUUAAAAACCAAACUCAUGUUUGAAAUGUUAAAGUGGCCCAAAAGCUUAUUUGCCAUAAAAAGGGAAAUGCGGGAACGUUUGAUGGAAAUCCAAACAAUAACAGGAAAGAACUCUGUUGGUUUAGUCACACAUGCGUGGAAAAGAGAUUAUUAAUUAUCGUGAAUCUACUCCCCACUUUCCGGUUUCUGUGUCCUGGUGCAGCUUUGACGGAAAUCGUGUUCAUGUUUGAGGCCGGCAGGACAGAACUGACAGAGGCUGCUGUGAGGAUGAGGAGGGUGAGGAGGAUGGAUGCUGGUCUGUUCCACAGAGCUGCAGACAUUUAGUUGGAAGCUGUUGAAAGUUGAAAUGUACAGAAACAUAAGAAAAUACUUUUGAAGAAAUAAAAAACAAAAACAGA